AUGGACGACACAUUCAUGCACGCCGCGAGCGUUCGCGAGCUGAUGGAGUUUGAAGUGACCACCAUGUGUUGCACCAACACGCACUCGAACAUCUUCCGGUUGGUCGACGUUCUGGCGAGCAAGAGCAAGAUUUUCGCGGUCAUGGAGCGGGCGGGCGGGGGCGACCUUUUCGACGCGAUCGUUGCGGAGGGCAGGCUUAAAGACGAGAACCUGGUGCACCACUACUUCCGGCAGCUUCUGGACGCUAUCGAGCACUGCCACUCCAGAGGAAUUUGCCAUAGAGAUAUCAAGCCAGAAAACGUUCUCUUGGGCAAGGGAGGUGUGGUCAAGCUGACGGGCUUCGCGCUGGCAGGGCUGUUCGACCCAUCCAUCGGCGGUCACCCGGCCAACCUUCUUCACGCUACGUGCGGAACACCAGACUACGUCGCUCCUGAGGUUAUAGAGGGAGCGGGAUACGACGGUCGACCGGCUGAUCUUUGGUCGGCUGGGGUCACGCUCUACACCAUGCUCGCCGGUUUCCUUCCCUUCGAGGCCGACAGCAUUGAGGAAACGUUCGCAAGGAUUCGGGCUGCAGAUUUCAAGCUCCCCCCCGAGAUAUCAGUGUCGGCAUGGUCUUUGCUUGAGGGCUUGCUGGAGCCGAACCCGAGGAAGCGGUACACGAUAGCUGAUGUGCGGCUCCACCCCUGGAUGGAUCAUCAACCACCGGACAGGUUAACGACCUCAAACAACGCAAAGGCUUUCGGCAGCGGAGAGAAGAGCAUCACUCCAUGCUCCGGCAGCAGCAGCAGCAGCAGCGAGAGCACCUGUGGCGGAGGCGUGGGGGGUGCCGACGCGUGUCCCAAACUUAUCCUAGAUAUCUGGAAGAUCGACGACGACGACCGAAAAAGAGGCAGGGUCGGUGAAGGCAGAGAUGGCAGGGAUACAGGUGUCCAGAUGGAAGCCGGCUUUAACAACUACAGUAUCAGUGGGGGCGGGAGCGAAUAUGACGGCAGCGGCUUGCCGAACUCAAGUGGAAGAUCCGACAUGAACGACAGUCACUCGUCCUACGCGGCAACAUCGUGCUGCGGGAUGGAAACUAGGUACAGCAGCGACGAGUCUUCGGCAGCGGCCAACUGUUACCACGAUGGCAGCCGGCCGAAAUCGACCUCGCCGUCGCUCCCGGCCUCGGCCUCAGUGCUAUCAUCUCACGACCGCUAUCGUUUCUCCGACAGGCGCACUGAUUUCUACCGGCGGUCGUCUUCCCCGUCGCUCGGAUUGACCGACUCGCUCCCCCCAGCUUCCUCGGCCUCGCCGCCAUCGUCCAUGUCCCCGGCGGUAGCCUGGAGGUGCACGUGGGCGGACGUGAUGGGCAAGAGUGGGGGGCGCCAAGAGGCAGACCCCCCUCACGCUAGAGCUUCGACUCUGAGGGGUCGCCGCCGGAGGCGGGACAAGCACAGUUUCUCGCGGCGGCGGCGCGUUCAGGACCAGCGCCUCCACCCGGCCGCUUUCCGCGCCUCCUCCCGCCCGGAGGGCUCCACGGAGGAAGGGUGUGUGUGGGCGGGAAGCGAAGGAACGUUGUCGAGCUCUACGGAAGAUGUGAUGAAGCUUCGCCAUAGUGAGGUGGUCAAUUUCGCGGGGGGGUUCGAGACCGAAGUUCAUCACCUCGCAGGACUCAUAGAAAAGGCGGUGAUCGUCGGCGAGCACUCCAUCACGCCCAAGACGGAGCGAAAUACACCCGGCAGUGCGUGGUCCUGUGCCGACCGGAAUUUGACCACGGACGCGCCGAAACAACUGCGGCCUGUUUUCUCCUGUAUUUCGAUGUCGCCGUCUAGGCAGCUGAAGUCUCGCUCGUCACCCCAGCGACGCCAGCAACAGAAUGCAACCGUUAUCGAAAAGCGUGCCCAUAUCUGGUCCGAAGGCUCUCCGUCAAUUGUCUCCCGACGCUAUGAAGUGCUUAGCACGUCGCCGCGAGUAGGGGGCUGUACUAGAAGCGCCAGCACUAGGAUCGCCGUGGUAUCGCCAGCAAGCCCAACCCCGGCGAGGUUGCGGUCGUUGGACCUAGGAACGAGGAGUGCUGCAAGGGACGCAGCGCUAGUCGGCGUGGAGACUCAACAGACCGAUGGGAUGGACAUGACAGCGUCCGUCUCCACUUCUAGCACGUACAGCCCCUCGCGUUCCGUCUCGAGCAGCACCAUCUCCCACACCAUCUCCCACACCAUCUCCCACACCAUCUCCCGGCCCACCUGGAGGCUGGCCGAGACGAGGAUGUCGAUGAGGAGGCUCGGGGCAACGCGCCUGUUGCUCUCACUCCCCGAGAGCGAACCCUUGAGCCUCGCGAAGGCGUUUCAACGCUCGCUGGAAGACCAGUCCGGGUGCGUCUGCCGCCUGCUGCCGAACCCCAAGCGGGUAGCGCGCGCGAGGGUCAAAGCCUGUCGUACGAUCGCGCCAAGCCCAGGGGGAGAGACCCUUGUGGGCGUCGUAUUGAGCGUGAUGUACCCCGGGGCCACGACGCCUCCGACAGCGGAUGGGUUUGGUGAUAGCAGCUUCCGCGACGGGAACGAACGAGGCAUCGUCGACGACCGCGGCUGUGGCCGCAACGGCGAUAGCGGAGGUAGCAGCCGGAGUGAGACAAGCAGAGGUCGUGGUCAAGAUCGUGGCCCGGCUGCCAACGGCCCGGAUGAAAGGAGUACCGACGUCCUCAUCGCUCUCAACGCAGAUGAAGGGGGUCCAUGCGCCGGGGCUGCACGUGGCGGCCAUCUUGAACUCCUGAAGUGGGCGAGGAGUAAAGGAUGUCCAUGGGACGAGCGAACGUGUGCAGAGGCAGCAAAAGGCGGGCACCUAGAAGUGUUGCAAUGGGCACGAGAGAAUGGGUGCGAGUGGGACAGCGACACUUGCGCGGGGGCUGCCUGGGGACAGCACCUUGGGGUUUUGCGCUGGGUGAGAGAGAACGGCUGUCCUUGGGAUAGACGGGCUUGCUCGAAUGCGUCCAAUCGGGGGAGCCUCAAGAUCCUGCAAUGGCUGCGUGGAAAGGGCUGUCCUUGGGACAGCGACACCUGCACGCAGACAGCCGCGCGCGGGCACCUUAGAGUGCUGAUCUGGGCCUUAGCCAACGAUUGCGCUUGGGACAGGCGCCUUUCACGCGUGGCAGACGCCAACGGCUUUGGUUUCAUCCGUCGCUGGGUGGGAAAUCACGUUCGGCGGAACACUCGCAAGCGACCAAUCAGCUUGAUAUCGAGUGGUGAACCGAGGUGA